UCGAUAUGCUUUGAUAUGUUUUUCCUUGAGUCGGGGGUGUAGGGAUAAGGUCUGUGUACGUUCUACGUUUGUGGGAUUAAUUGGGUAUGUUGUUGUCAAAAACCUAUUUUGGUUGUAUAUUUCUUUUACAUUAUUUCUUGUGUUAUGGUUUUACUUGAGUCGUUGAGUCGAGGGUCUAUUGGAAACACUCUCUCUACCUCUCAAGGUAGGUGUAAGGUUUGUGUACCCUACUUGUGCAAUUAACCGGUUAUGUUGCUGUUGUAAAAACCUAUUUUGGUUGUAUAUUCCUUUCUUUUAUUUUAUCUCUUUUGUUAUGGUUUUACUUGAGUUGAGGGUCUAUCGGAAACAACCUUUCUACCUUCUCAUGAUAGGGGUAAUGUUGCGUAUGCCCCUCCUUCCUCAGACCCCAAUUGUGUGAUUACACAUUUACAUGCUGGGUACGUUGUUGUAAAAAACGUAUUUCGGUUGUAUGUUUCUUUCUUUUACUUCAGUUCUUUUGAUAUGUUUUUAGUUUUUACUUGAGCCGAGGGUCUAUCUAAAACAGUCUCUACCUUGUGAAGGUAGGGGUAAGGCUACACACGCCCCACCCUCUCGGCAGCCCACUUGUGGGAUUACACUGGGUAUGUUGUUAUUGUUGUGUUUUACCUGUCUUUUAAGGGCUAAAGUGAAAGAAUUUUGCAUAGAUAUCAUUGAAGAGCCAGUUUGGUGAUGUGCUUAAGAUUUUAAUAGGCAAUAUUGAGUCAAAUUUGACGGUAAUAUUGUGGCAGGGAUAUUUUCUUGCCGCAAGCGUAUUUAUCUUUUUGGCUACCAAUCUAUUUGGUUAAUGCCAGUUAAAAUAUUACUGUAUGUCAAUACCAAGAGAAUAGAGAUUCCUUGGCUAGGUCUAAGUUUUGAUUGGAGUUUCAUUCGAAUUUUGUUACUUAUUUAACUGUGAAACCUUCGAGCGCCAGUGGCACACGGUUUGAUUCUGCCCCUCUACCCUUAUCCUCUUAAAUUCCAUGCUUUUGUAUGUGACAAUGUUCAAACACGUCAACCCACCCUUCACAAGUUGCUCUCUUACCACUAGAUUCCUAGACCGAAGCUUGGAGGGCGAGUCUCAUUCACUUUUCAGUAUGAAAACAUUAUAAUGUUUUGCAACGCAAGUUUGGUCAGUGAUCUUACCUUGGUAGUGGACGGAGUAAACUUCCACCUUCACAAGUUUCCGCUUAUGUCGAGAUGUGGAAGGAUUGACAAAAUACUAGAAGCAGCUCAAGGUCCACAUGAAGGGACUUCCCUGACAACUUUAGAAGACUUCCCUGGGGGAAGUGACAUAUUUUUAGUCACAGUUAAAUUCUGCUACGGUAUUCGAGUAGAAUUUACCCCGAGGAACAUAGUAAUGAUUUAUUGUGCAGCAGACUAUUUGGAGAUGAUGGAGGACUAUGGAGAAGAUAAUUUACUGUUGAAGGCAGAGGCUUACUUUCGUAAGAAUAUUCUAAGGAGUUGGAAGGAUUGCAUAUUAGCUCUCCAAAGUUGUGAUUCGGUCAUUCCAAGAGCAGACAAGCUAGAGAUCACUAGUAAAUGCUUGCAUGCGCUCUCUGUGAUGGUCUGCACAGAUCCUAGUUUAUUUGGAUGGCCUAUGUUGAUGUAUGGCAGCUUACAGAGCCCUGGGGGUAGUAUAUUGUGGAAUGGAAUUAACACUGGUGCUAAAAUCCAAACCAUUGAAUCUGACUGGUGGUUCGAAGACAUCUCAUAUCUUUCUGUACCAUUAUUUCAGAGACUAAUUCACACAAUGGAAGCCAGAGGUAUUAGACAUGAAAAUUUAGCAGGUGCUAUGAUGUAUUACUGUAGAAAGUACCUUCCAGGACUUGGCCGGUGGCAGAGUGGGCAAAGUGGUAAAACUAGAACAGUUGCUAGUUUCAGCAUGACACCAGCUGCCGUUGAUCAGAAAGUUCUUCUAGAAAGUGUUGUGAAACAGCUUCCUGAAUUAAAGGGGAAGUCUUUUUGCCGUUUCUUGUUGGGACUUCUGAGAGUUGCCUUGAUACUUGGUGUGAACCACACAUGCCAAGACUCGUUGGAAAGGAGGACAGGAAUGCAGUUGGACUUAGCGUCCCUAGAUGGUUUGCUGAUACCUUCCUACUCAGAUUCUGAUACAUUGUAUAACACUGACUGUGUUGAACGAAUGAUUCAUCAUUUUGUAUCUUCUGAUCCUGGGAUCACUGCAACACCUGAUCCAUCUUCAAUUGAGAUAGUAACGUCACCAUCAUCUGGUCCUUUAAGGAGAGUGGCAAAGUUAAUUGACAGCUAUAUUGCAGAAGUUGCGUCUGAUGUGAACCUAAAGCCGAGAAAAGUGCGUUCACUUGCUGAAGCUCUCCCAGAAUCUUCAAGAUCUCUGCAUGAUGGGCUAUAUAGAGCUGUAGACAUAUACUUUAAGGCGCAUCCUUGGCUUUCAGAAAAAGAGAAGGAACAGCUUUGCAACAUCAUCGACUAUCAGAAGCUCUCUAUUGAUGCUUGCGCCCACGCAUCCCAGAAUGAGAGAUUGCCUCUUCGAGUUGUUCUCCAAGUCCUAUUCUUCGAGCAAUUGCAGCUGAGAACAGCUCUAGCUGGUUGCCUCAAUGUCGUGGAUACAGAAAGUGUCCCUGCAGCUCCUGUCGCUGGCCCCAGUGACGUGGCAGGUCAAAUUGUACAGAGAGAUGGAUGGGUGACAGUCGUGCGUGAGAACCAGGGUCUAAAGGUGGACUUGGAAAGAAUGAAGUCCAGGGUCGGUGAACUUGAAGAAGAAUUCAGCAAAAUCAAACAAGAGAUGAGAAAGGUCACAAAGUCACAUAGUUACCUCAGUUCUCCACGCUUUCUUGCCCGAAGGAUUGGAUGCAAGCUACUUACCCAAUCCUCCGACACUCAACCAGAUGUGAUCGAAAGCACAGGUCCAACCCCAAGAUCAUCAGUUGAGCAAUCGAGAAACUCAAGACACCGUAAAAGUUCCUCUUUGUUCUGAUUUCAAGACGAGAACACAGGUUUGAUGUCUAUACGCCCGAAGAAUGCACUUGGUAAAUAUUUAUCCCUACCCCAGAGUCGGUGUUACAUGUUUGGAAAAGAUUCAUCCCUUGAUAAUUCGAGGCCACCUUGCAUAACAUACGGCCCUCCUAACACAAGGAAAAUGCAAAUACAUGUCCAUCAGAACGAUGGACUCCUGAUGACAGAAGGUGAGAAGAAGCCAAAUUUAUGGUUCAAUCUCAUGAAUCUUGACACAAACAUAGAACAAAGCUGAUACUAGUAAAUAUUUGUUCCUUUCCUAGGAACAACACAAUGGGACUAUGUUGUCCACAUUUCUCCCUUAUACAUGUACAGCUUCAUGGAGAGUUUUGUAAAGCUACAUGAUGAAGGUAGGCAUAAUACAUAAAUAUGCCCUUUAACGUGGCUUCAACUUGCAUUUACGCCCUCCAACUCUGGGCGUGCGCACACUUAAACUUGCAUGCAACUGAACAAGUACACACAUGUAUCAUAUGUGGCAUCCUACGUGCAUUAUGCCACAUAAGACACGUGUGUCUAGUUGUUCAAUUUUUAAGUAUCUAUUGUGCACAUCCAAAGUUGAAGGUCUUAGAUGUAAACAGAGUUCAAGUUAAAAGACAUGUUUAUGUAUUAUGCCGCGAAGGUAUUCAUGUUUUUUGUUUCGAAAGUAUACUAGUGUAUGUACUAAUUGAGUCUGUAAAAUGGAGGACUAGUGGGGGCCAAUUACAUCUUAGAAAAAAUAUAUAUAUAUAUAUAAAGUUCUACCAUUCAUUAUUUUCAAUUUGUAUGGACUUCUUGUAUUUGUUUGUAUCAAUUGGUUACAUUUCAA